GUCGACGCUUGAUCGCCGACAAACGAUGCAGCGAUGAAAAACACUGAAAAAAAUUCCAAGCCAAAUCCGAAGAUCAAGGCAUGCUUUAUUAGUGAGUUGUUUUUCUGGUGGCUGAAAGAUCUAUUUUUAUACGGAAGAAAGCACAACAUUGUUGUGAACGAUCUCUACGAUGCUCUACCUGAAGAUCUCAGCGAACCCCUGGGCAAUGAAUUGGAAAAAUCCUGGGAACAUGAGUUGGAUGAAGCCAAGGCUGAAAAAAGAAAACCAAAGCUGUGGAACGCCAUUAUAAAAACUUACAGACUAAAAUUCUUGACCACUUCAGUGAUACUAGUUAUCUUUUCGGUUGCAUCAAUCAUGGCACCGAUAGUACAGCAGGAACUUCUUCAACACUUCUUUUCUUCCUCAACGACAAGCGAUACCCAAGCUUACUUGUGUGCCACAAUUAUGGUGUGUGUUAUUCUUACUCAGACGUUUACGUUCAACCACGCCUUCGUCGGUCUAUCGCAUUUAGGGAUGAAAGCUAGACUCGCCUGUACAUCUCUAAUAUACAAAAAGAUUAUGCGGUUGUCUUGUCACUCUACAAUGGGAAAAACCAGUGGGAACAUCAUGAACCUCAUGUCGAACGACGUGUCCAAGUUCGAAUAUUGGACCUUUUUCAUUCCUUUCCUGGUGAUAGUUCCACUGGAGGUGCUUGUCACGACUUACAUACUGUGGUGGUUCAUUGGAUAUGCCGCCUUCGUAGGCGUUGGGUUGAUGAUCUUUCAAACGCUUCCGGUACAAGUCGUCACUUAUAGGUUGACGCUGAAGGGUCGAUCCAAAAUGACACCUCGAAUGGACCAGAGGAUUUCCACGAUAAGCGAAGUGAUCAGUGGAAUUAGGGCUAUUAAGAUGUUCGUUUGGGAGAAACCUUUCGAGAAACUUGUGUACCACUACAGAAAACUAGAGAUUAAAGUGCAAAUGAAGCUUUGGACCAUAAUUGCGAUGGUGUGCGCUCUGGGCGUUUUCGCGCAUCGAUUCGCAGUAUUUAUUUCGGUGUUAUUCUACAUGAUACAGUACAAAACAAUUUCAGUUAUUACUGUUGUACUCGUGGCCCAGUACAUGUUCGUCUUAAGAGCUUCUUUGAUCUUCACGUUUUCCAAUGGUCUUCGAGCCUUGGCAGACGUUAACGUCUCGAUGAAACGAAUCGAAAAUUUCCUGAUGUUGAACGAGAUGGAAUCGAGUGUUCGGAGAAACGAACUUAAAAGCGAUGCAGCUAUCGUAAUAAGACACGUAACAACUUCGUGGCAGACAGACUUGAUUGAGAAAAGUCUCGACGAUGUUCACGUCAAUGUCGAUCGCGAUAAGCUUUAUGUCGUAAUCGGCUCAGUCGGCUCAGGAAAGAGUACCUUACUGAAGCUAAUCCUGGGAGAAGUUAAUCCAAUUCAAGGUGAAGUUCACGUCAACGGAAGAGUCGCCUACGUUAGUCAAGAGCCAUGGCUGUUCGCAGCUUCGGUGAGGGAUAACAUACUAUUCGGAGAAAUCUACGACGAGGAGAGGUAUGAAAAAGUGACUAAAGCUUGUUCACUGAUGGAUGACUUCAGUCAGUUGCCCUACGGUGACAGAAGCUUGGUGGCCGAGAGAGGGUCGAAUCUCAGCGGCGGACAGUGUGCUAGGAUCAACAUGGCAAGGGCAGUUUACCGAGACGCUGAUGUAUACCUGUUCGAUGACCCUUUAUCCGCUGUGGAUACGCACGUGGCUAAAAGACUGUUUGAAGAGUGUGUCGAUGGUUUGCUGAAGAGUAAAACGAGGGUUCUAGUUACUCAUAAUUUGCAUUAUUUGGAGAGAGCCGAUACGAUUAUCUUGAUCGAUAAUGGAAAAGUCGAAUUUGUGGGAUCUUAUUCCGAAAUUAACAAGAUUGGGAAAUACGCGCUACUAUCGUCCGAUAAUCUGAAAAGAGACCAGACAGUCACGGACGAAAAUGAUGAGUCAACGAGAUCUUUCGAUAAGAUCAACUAUGAGACCAAAUUAGACUCGUUUAAAAAUAACAACAAUAACAGCGGAGAGGAUGACGAGCCGAAAGAGACCGAGGAGCUUUUGGCUAAAGGAUGCGUUGCCAAGUCAGUUUAUUGGAGGUAUAUUCGCGCGUCAGGAUCUCUGUGCACACUGUUUACGCUCAUUUUUUGCUUUGUUCUCUCGACAUUUAUGACCUCUGCGUUUGAUUAUUCACUCGUUAUGUGGUCCACGCAGAAAGAAGCGGCAUCGAAUAACAACUCGAUUCAAAGUUCGAGAAACGAAACCGAUUUCGAGGAAAAUCAUGCGAUUCUUUCUCAAGUCGAAAAAUUUCUCUAUAUUUGCGGUUCCUUGAUCGCAGCUGUCAUUCUCAUGUCGAUCGUUAAAAAUAUUUUAUACUUCAGAGCUACGGUUAACGCUGGCGAAAAAGUGCACAAUAGCAUGUUCGCCAGUAUUCUGCGAACACCCUUGCGAUUCUUCGACGUCAAUCAGUCCGGCCGAAUUCUAAAUCGUUUUACCAGCGACACAGGCGCUAUGGACGAACUACUACCUCGAGCCUCAUUCGACGCUGUUGACAAUAUAUUGAGUUGCACAGCAGUACUGCUACCUGCUCUAAUAGUCAGUCCGUUGAAUGUUAUUCCGUCGGUGAUCGCUGCGUUUUUGUUCGUAAAAUUCGGCAGCAUCUACUUCACCACUAGUCAAGCUAUCAAGAGAGUAGAGAGCAAUGCCAGAAGUCCAGUUCUAUCUCACGCAGCGUCGUCCCUCUCAGGCUUACUUACAAUCCGUUCCUGCGGCUGUCAGAAUUUGGUCACUCGAAUUUUCAACGAACGUCAAGAUCGUCACACCUCGGCAUUCUACCUGGUCCUUCUGACCUCCACAGCGUUCUCAACGGGCCUGGAGUUGAUAGUUCAUUCACUCUGGAUUUUCGCAGCCUACAGUAGUCUAGCUCUGAAGAACACCAGCAGCAUCCCCAUCGGUCAUGUAUGUUUGGCUCUUAUGCAGCUUCGCAGCAUCGUCUUCAUAUCCCAGUGGUGCAUGAGACAGACUGGUGAGACCCUAAAUCUGAUGACCAACGUGGAGAGGAUGUUCCAGUUCGUCGAUCUGGAAAAAGAGAUCGACGCGGAAAUCGAGCCUCCUAUCAAACCGAAGACGGAGUGGCCGGAUAAAGGUGAAGUGGUGUUCGAUAAUCUGUACCUGAGCUACUCUGAUAAUGCGGAACCUGUUCUGAGGAAUCUCAAUCUCAAGAUUUCUGCUGGAAUAAAGGUAGGGAUAGUCGGACGCACAGGGGCUGGAAAGUCAUCGUUGAUCUCAGCUCUGUUCCGACUUGCCAAGAUCGAUGGUACCUUGUCGAUUGAUGGUAUCGACACGAAGAAAAUAAGCUUGUCCGAUCUGAGAAGUCGUAUUUCCAUCAUUCCUCAAGAACCGGUUUUGUUCUCUGUAUCCGUGAGGGAUAAUUUGGAUCCCAAUCACGAGUUUGACGACGUGACGCUCUGGUCGGCUUUGGAACAGGUCGAACUGAACAAAACCUUUGAUUCCCUGGAUCGUAAUAUUGAUCGAGGUGGAAGUAAUCUGAGCGCUGGUCAACGUCAGUUGUUUUGCUUAGCUCGUGCCAUUAUCAAGAGGAACAAGAUUCUGGUGAUGGACGAAGCUACUGCCAAUGUCGAUCAAGCCACCGACGAAUUCAUUCAGAAGAUCAUCAGAAUUGUGUUCAAGGACUGCACUGUGAUGACGAUAGCUCAUCGGUUGAACACCAUAAUAGACAGUGACAGGGUUCUGGUGAUGGAUCAUGGACAGGCUGUGGAAUUCGAUCAUCCCGACAUUUUGCUUCAGAGAAAUGGUUAUUUCUCGAAAAUGAUCAGACAAACAAAUCAAGAUCUACGAGAUGGCUAAGCAGCCAAGGAAUCAUUGAUAAUUUUGGAUACAACAGAAGUUGGAAAGCUUCAGAUAAAAUUUCCGAUCGACUGCAAACAUUAAAUCAGUUCGUCAAUUCGCUGUUUGUUUAGUAUAAUUCAUAUCAUUAUCUUGCGACUGCAUUAUUUAAAUUUUAGCAGCUGUUGAAAGGCGAAUAUCAAUUCGUUGUUAUCCUCUAUUCUAAUUACAAAUACAAAACUUGGAGAUUUCGACUUACAAGUUCCCUCACAUUAUAUAUAAUGGUAAAAUCAAUACGUGAUAAAAGCCAAGGGUUACAGUUGAAAAUUGUACAUACUUAUCAAUUGAUCACAACAAAUGUGAUCACUAUAUGUCAGACUUUAACUCGAAAAUGUUUUUUAUAAACUUGUAAUAAACGCAGACAAGAAAUUA